AGUAAACAAAAACUGUUUAUGAACAACUAAUUAUUAAUGUGUAAUUUUUUAAAGCGAUGACAAUGAAAUUUUAUUUGAUUAUAAAUUUGUUUGCUUUUAUCACAACAAGCUUGUCCAAAUUAAAUGUUCCACGAGUUCUUUUGCCACUUUUUAAAGAGCUUCCGAUUACCUUCACUUUGGAAUCUACCGACGGAGAUUGUUAUCGAUGGUGGGUUGCAGAAGAAGACAUAGUAGUUAUUGAACCUUUCGAUUUCGUCAAAGAAUUACAAUGUUGGAGAAAAGCUAUUGUGAAAACGUCACCAAAUUGCGCAACUAGAAGUGUAGCUGCCGUUUUGGCCGAAGAUAUCCGUUCUAAGCAAGUGGUUCGAUGUGAUGUUAUUGUAGAUACAAUAAGUUCUCUGUCUAUCUCAACUACAACGAAGGAGCUUCUUUUAGAGGAUGCACCUGAAGCGUUUGAAGUCAGAGCUUCUGAUAGUCAAGGAAAUUGUUUUACAACUUUGGAAGGAAUUCUCUUUGAGUGGACGGUUACUUGUUUGGGUUCGAAUAAAGAGGAAAUACUAUUGAGAUUUAUUAAAUUUAAAGAUUCGCCAUAUAAAACAACUCCUUCAAUCACAAAAAUGGAGGAGCAGAAUCAUAGAGGAUGUAUAGUACUAAUGGAAGGAAUAAAAACUGGAUCUGCUAAAGCAUUCGCCAAGUUACCUUAUAAGGAGUACAGUCAUAUAAAAUCAGCCGAAGUAACACUAACUGUGAGUGCUAAUUUAAUUAUAGUUCCUUCUCAGGUGCACUCAAUGGUUGGUGAUGAAAUCACUUUUACAAUACUGCAGUUAAAACGGGGAAAUAAAGAGCAGAUAUCUUUGCCACAUACACAAUACCAUUUGAAAGUGGAGUCGGAAGAUUUAGCAACCGCAAUAGGGGGAGGUACCAUUCUUACAUUACGUAAAGGAACAACUAAAGUUGUAUUAUAUGAUAGAAAUGUAAAUAUGGAUGAUUCAAAUGUAAAAUUACCAUCAGCUGAGUUAAAUGUCAUUGAACCACACAAGAUACUCAUUACGACAUUUCCGCAUAGAAGUUCGGCGGUUUUAAUUUCUGAAAAUGUUGAUAUAGCGAUGGAAGUAUAUUCUAGGGAUAAUUAUUUAAUUCAUUUGGGACCAAAUGUGCAUGCCGUCUUAAAAGUGAACCAAAUAUUUCACGUUCAUGAAAUAACUGCGAAUGGAACUUGGUUGACGGGGUGGCCAAUCAAAGAAGGUAGAAGUCAAAUCCAUGCUCAUUUUAAAGGUACUGAAGGAGCUAAAGUUAAAAUCGAUUCUACCGCUGAUUUAGAAGUGUACCCGAGAAUAAUUUUGACUCCUUCUGAAGUUGUUUUUCCAUGGGAUCCGGAAACUCGACCCACCUCUGUAAUGCAAUUAAAGGCUAGCGGAGGUGACGGACUUUUCCUAUGGAGCAGCAGUAACCACACAGUUGGAAUGGUAUCUCAAACGGGUCUUGUUAGAAUACACAAUUACGGUUAUUUUGAAGUAUCCGUUUCUAUGCAACGAAAUCACUAUAAUAGACAAUAUACAAAAUUUCAUGUUGUUUUUCCAUCUCGUCUUGAAAUUACCGAUUUCAUCAUGGAAACGGAAAUAGGUGCGUCAGUUUACCUUCAUGUGGCUUUGUACGCGGAUCUACUGUCAUCAAGCGAAGAUGGUACUUAUUCCCAAGUGCCUAUUUCUCAUUGUCAAGACGUAAACUUCGACGUUGAAGUGUCCAACGAUAACUUUAUCUACAAUCGUUCCGACGUUAUACAGCCGGUGGGAAUAUCGUGUGCUAAUGUAGCUCUAGUUGGUUUAAAAAGUGGCUCUAGUAAGAUCGUCGUUUCCUGUAUAAUAGGCGGACGCAAACUAGAAGAUAACGUCACACUCAUUGCUUUUAAUCCGCUAUCGCUAGUUUACCCAAAAUGUGAAAUUGUAUUGGCUCUUGGAUGUUUUACUGAAUUGGUAUUCUCCGGUGGUCCGUCGAUAUUAAAAACUCGUUCAGAUUACAAACGUGAAGUGUCGGUAACGAAUAUUGAUGUAAUAAAGGCUGUAGAUAAAACUAAUGCCAUUGAUAAAUUUAUUAUUGAAGUUACGUGCCGAAAACUUGGAGAAGCUAAUGUUACCUUCACAAUGGGUAAUAUGCCUACACUUCCUCAUUGUAAAUAUCGUGCAUAUUCCAAAACUGUCACGAUUGUUUGUGGGCAACCGGAAAAAAUUCAACUUCGGCCAGCUUUACAAGAUGAAGAUAGUAACCGUUGUCCUCUGAAUGUUGAUGAAAAUCGGGUAAUAGCAUACAGUGGCAAAGAUAUUCACGUGGACGUGAAUGUUUUUGAUGCUCAAGGUAGAAUUUUUUUGGACGCUUCCAGUUUACUCUUUCGCUGGGACAUACGACCUAAAGAUAUGGCCAAAAUUCACAACCAGAAUGGCAUUUACAAGAAUGAUCAAACCAAAACAGGAUUAAAUUAUUUGGAUAAUAACUACCAACUCAUUACGCCAUUAAAAAAAAAUGGAGAAAUGCAUCUGAUUGCCCAUGCCGUCGGUUAUAAAAAAGAGGUGUUACGUAAAAGUAAAGCUACCUGCAUCAAUUGCGAUUCUAAUAACAGAAAGGUAGUGGGGGAGUUUUUAAAAAAAGCUGCUGCUCAGUUACUGUUAGUUGACCAUGCCGUUGUCACUCCAAGCGAAAUAAACAUCUGUAAUAAUGCUAUGAAUAAGAAAGUUAUAUCAGUAAUAGGUGGUUCCGGUUAUUUCGAAUUCAAAUUGAGUGCAAAGGACGUCGCAUUGAUAAAAUACAAUAGCGUAACUCGAGAAAUCGAAGUGACUCCUAAGAACGAUGGAAACACUGAGAUAAUGGUAACAGAUCUUUGUUUGCCUUCGCAAUCGCCCAUCGUAAACGUUAGAGUUGUCUCCAUAGCCAUCAUAAGGGUUGAUAUGUCAGAAAAGGUACAGAUUGGCAGAUGCAUUCCGUGUACGGUUAGAUUUUAUGACGAGACGGAUAACUUGCUCUCCCUUAAUGAUACAGCAGCGAUUAAUAUUGCGAUUAAUUUGAGCAGGGAUAUCGUAAAAGUAAAACGACUAGUAAUAAAAAAUCAAGGAAACGCCCGAAAUUCUGGAGAAGCACAUUUUAUCGUUACAGGUUUAGAACUCGGAUCGGCGAAUUUAGCAUUUUCCAUUAAAAGUGGAGCAAAAGAUAUAAAAAGUGCGCCAAUUGAAUUAAUGGUAUUUCCGCCUCUUAGAAUAUCACCCAGAAACGCCACCCUUCUUAUAGGUUCCACAUUUCAGUUUACCUCUAACGGUGGGCCUUUUCCUGAUUGUACUAUCGAAUAUAAAAUCGAUAAACCUCAGAUCGCUUAUGUAAACGAAUUUGGAGUGGCAAAAGGAUUAAAAUAUGGUAUUGCUUCUGUUAGUGCAAGAGCAAUCGGAAUAAACCCGUCCACCCGCCAAAAGGUUGUAUAUUCUGAGGAUAAAAUAAUGGUUGAAAUAAUAUCAUUAACUGGAUUGAAAAUAGCUGCUCCACUAACUCGUUUUAUAUGUGGUUCGACGGUCCCUGUGUGGAUCACGGGAGUGCCAGAGAAAAUUUCUGCAUCAAUAUUGGCCAACGUAGAGCCGUCGAUUCGUUUCGAGUGGGCCGUCGAUGAUUCCGAUAUUGUAAAAAUUGUCGGAAUAUUCGAACAUCUCGGAAUUGUAUACGGACAAGAAGAUAAUAUUGCUGUAAGACUGAAAGGUCUAAAAGCGGGAAAAACAAUUUUGCGAUUGACUGCAGUUGUGAGUGGGUCGGUUUUAAAUAAAUCAAAACAACAGAGCGUCACGCUGAAGACGCACCUGCAUAUUGAUGUGUUUGAAAAGUUAAGUUUAAAUAUACCAAACGAUGUUAACGGAAAAGAAAUAUUAAUGGCUCCUUUCUCGUCCAUUUUACUUCACACUAAUAUGGACGAUAUACUCAAUAUUAAAUACAGCGUGUCGAAUGGUAGAGACCCUCUCACGGAAACUACAGAUAAAUUAGACGGUGCAUCUAAAACCAUUAUAAAGGUGUCAUCUAGUGGAGUAAUAGAAUCAUUUGGGAAUACUGGAAUAGCCAUGGUCGUCAUUGAAGCAACUGAUCAAGAAUAUUUAACACAGCAGAUGACUUUAGUAGUAGAGGUGAAAUCUAUUCAUUACAUGAUGCUUAAGGCAGAUGCGAAAUGGAAAGUGAAACAUAGCAAAAUGUUAAGCAGUAUACCGUUAGGAUCUGAAUUUAUAUUACGGACGCAUUAUUAUGACAGCACAGGUUCUAAAUUCACCUGUGGAAAUUUACAACUCCAUGUUCGUAAUUCUAGACUAGAUUUCGUAAAAGUAUCACCGACCUGCUGUAACGAUUCUAUGUUAGUUUCGACAAGAAGAAAGGGAAAUUCGGUUGUUAAGGUUUGGGGCGAAGGGUACCGAAGAACCGCCGACUAUAUUAAAUUGAACGUUAAACAAGCAAUAACACCGACACUGGACACGUUAACUAUUGGCGACAUUGUCUGUCUUCAGACUCCUUUAGAACCAAAUAAAGGCGAUGCAGUGGCGAGAUGGAGUGUCAGUAACAAAUGUUUACAACUUUUAGACAAUAGUAAGGGUAUAAUACGCGUGGUGACCGCUGCUGCCACGGAAGUUUAUUUAACACACGAUUUACAUCAAGGAUCUCCCAUUAAAAUAGCGAUUGAACCACCUAACACAAUUCGUACAUUAGAAGAUACAAAAAAACAUGUUACCAACACACCCCUACGAAAGCCAUAUAGUAUUCCUUUAUUAUUUGGCAUUGUAAAUCAGCCUGAACGAAUUAAAAACACAUUUAUGGGCUGGGACUGUAGAAACGAUCUCGUACCCUUACUCACAACUUAUCCGCAUAAGUGUUAUCUAAAAUUUACAAACGAAAACAUUACUGAAAGCGUAUACAAUGUAUUGAAAACUCAUCCUAGCUUCGAUUCAGAUUCAGGUCAAUAUUUGUGUACUAUAAUACCUUCAACGUUAAAUACUGAAGAAAUAAGCAUACUCGCCACUAAUUUAAUUGUUUGGGUAGAGGUGCCCGAGGCACAUUUAAAAUCAAACCCGAUCGAAUUACGCUUCUUUCCUGGAAUUUUUUUAAACAACGAAUUGCUGAUAAAGGACAAAUAUUUCGCUUUCCUUACUAUAACCGGAUUGCGAGAGGUCUUGGAAUAUGUUAAGGUGGAAGCAAACGAUCCUUCAGUUCUUUGUGUUCCCCCUACGUAUUAUCCGAACGAUAAUAAGCUGAUUUUAAAAAUUGAGCUUGUGGACUAUCAUUGGAAACUUGAAGAACUCGAAGAACCGAUGAUUUUAAAAGUUAUUUCACCUCGAACAUCACAACAAAUGAAGGUGAUUGUCAAAGUAGACAGAUCCAUUAUGCCAAUCUGUGGAACGACUGCUCCAGGACUGCUGACGAAUUUGUUUGGAAGUAGUGUGGGAUUUGUAUGCAUUUCAUCUAUAAUGGUUUUCUUGAUUUCUUUUUAUGUUUACUCAAAUCACAUGCAACCAGUCGUCAACGUGAAUCUCUCAAGAAGAUCACUUUUAACAGAAAAGCGUCCAUCGAUUAUUUCAAAAGAAAGUGCAGUAUCAGGAGAACCAGCUUCGUUCAAAAGAUCUACGACGUUUCCUUUGAAUAUUCCUGCUAGAUAUUCUAAUAAAAUAACUUGUUCGCCUGGAUACACGUCCAUUUCUAGACAAAGUAAUCUACUAGAUACUGAAAUGUACGGCGAAACUACCAAUUCGUUUUCUUCUGGCUCGGGAAGAACAAAACGCUUUAUAUAAAUUGUGUUACAAAUUUUUUAAACGGCAUAUACAACUGCAAAACAGUUCGAUACUCUGGCAACAUUCCCAUAUUUAGAGGAGGUUCUUCUCCUCUCGCUUUCAUUACUGAAAGGCCCCGCAAAGCAUGAUAAACCAUCG